GCAGAGGCGAACGCUUCGAGACCAGCUGUUGCAGGCUGCGGUUGUUCACAGUGGCACGGCGCGAUGCUGAAACGGAAGGGGACAGCUAAAGUAGACUUUUUGAAGAAGAUUGAAAGGGAAAUCCAGCAGAAAUGGAAAGAUGAGAGAGCAUUUGAGGUUAAUGCAACAGAUGCUGCAAAUCAGAAGAGCAAUGGCAAAUACUUUGUCUCCUUUCCAUAUCCAUACAUGAAUGGCCGGCUUCACUUGGGACACACAUUUUCUUUAUCAAAAUGCGAGUUUGCUGUUGGCUAUCAGAGGCUAAAAGGAAAAAUCUGCCUAUUCCCAUUUGGACUGCACUGCACUGGCAUGCCCAUUAAGGCAUGUGCAGAUAAGCUGAAAAGAGAAAUGGAGCUGUAUGGCUGUCCCCCAGAUUUCCCUGAUGAAGAGGAGGAGGAGGAAGAGGAGGAAGAAGCAAAGUGGGAUGAAGUGGUCAUUAAAGACAAAGCUAAAGCCAAAAAGAGUAAAGCUGCUGCUAAGACUGGGUUUUCAAAAUACCAGUGGGGAAUCAUGAAGUCUUUGGGCCUCUCUGAUGAAGAAACAAUGAAGUUUUCAGAGGCUGAACAUUGGCUUGAUUACUUCCCUCCUCUGGCUAUUCAAGAUUUAAAGAGUAUGGGACUGAAGGUAGAUUGGAGACGCUCCUUCAUCACCACUGAUGUUAACCCCUAUUAUGAUUCUUUUGUACGAUGGCAAUUUCUAACCCUGAAAGAAACAAAUAAAAUCAAAUUUGGCAAACGAUACACUAUUUAUUCACCAAAAGAUGGGCAGCCAUGCAUGGAUCAUGACAGACAAACAGGGGAGGGUGUUGGACCUCAAGAAUACACUUUAAUUAAAAUGAAGGUAGUAGAACCCUAUCCUGUGAAAUUAAGUGGCCUUAAGGGAAAGAAUAUCUUCUUGGUUGCUGCUACUCUCAGACCAGAGACUGUGUUUGGGCAGACUAAUUGUUGGGUUCGCCCUGAUAUGAAGUACAUUGGAUUUGAGACUGUGAAUGGGGAUAUUUUUAUUUGCACACAGCAAGCUGCCAGGAACAUGUCUUAUCAAGGUUUUACAAAAACCAAUGGAGUAGUACCUGUUGUGAAGGAGCUUAUGGGAGAGGAGAUUCUUGGAGCUGCGCUGUCAUCUCCUUUAACAUGCUACAAAGUCAUCUAUGCUCUUCCAAUGCUGACUAUUAAGGAAGAUAAAGGCACUGGAAUCGUUAUGAGUGUCCCAUCUGAUUCCCCAGAUGAUGCUGCAGCCUUCAGAGACAUAAAGAAGAAACAGGCAUUCCGAGCCAAGUAUGGCAUCAAAGAUGAAAUGGUCCUGCCAUUUGAACCAGUGCCCAUCAUUGAGGUCCCUGGCUACAGCAACCUUUCUGCUCCGCUGAUCUGUGAUGAGCUGAAAAUCCAGAGUCAAAAUGACAGAGAAAAGCUGGCAGAAGCCAAGGAGAGACUAUACCUGAAAGGAUUUUAUGAGGGAGUAAUGUUGGUGGAUGGAUUCAAAGGCCAGAAAAUCCAGGAUGUCAAGAAACUCAUUCAGAAGAUGAUGGUAGACAAUAGUGAAGCAAUUAUUUAUAUGGAGCCAGAGAAGCAAGUUAUAUCUAGAUCUGCAGAUGAGUGUGUGGUGGCUCUCUGCGACCAGUGGUACUUGGACUAUGGUGAAGAAAAUUGGAAGCAACGGGCUUUUGAAUGUUUGAAGAUGCUCGAGACAUUUUGUGAAGAAACAAGAAGAAAUUUUGAAGCCUCUCUAAACUGGUUGCAGGAACAUGCCUGUUCAAGGACAUAUGGCUUAGGAACUCGAUUGCCUUGGGAUGAGCAGUGGUUGAUAGAGUCUCUCUCUGACUCUACUAUCUACAUGGCUUACUAUACAGUUGCUCAUCUACUGCAAGGAGACAAUCUCCGUGGACAAGGAGAGUCCCCAUUAAAGAUUAGACCAAAUCAGAUGUCGAAAGAAGUUUGGGACUACAUCUUCUUUAAGAAUGCUCCAUUCCCUGCAACAAAAAUCCCGAAGGAAGCGCUGGAUAAACUAAAGCAAGAGUUUGAGUUUUGGUAUCCUGUGGAUCUGCGAGCUUCUGGCAAGGACCUUGUUCCAAAUCACUUGUCCUACUAUCUCUAUAACCACGUGGCCAUGUGGCCAGAUCAAAGAGAAAAAUGGCCUCUAGCUGUGAGAGCAAAUGGACAUCUCCUUCUGAAUUCAGAGAAGAUGUCUAAAUCUACGGGCAACUUUCUCACGCUGCAUCAAACAGUUGAGAAGUUUUCUGCUGAUGGUAUGCGGUUGGCAUUGGCUGAUGCAGGCGAUACUGUUGAAGAUGCAAACUUUGUGGAAGCCAUGGCAGAUGCUGGCAUGCUCAGACUAUACACUUGGGUGGAAUGGGUGAAGGAAAUGCUUGCUAACUGGGACAGCCUAAGAAGUGGGCCUGCUGCUACCUUCAAUGACAGAGUCUUUGCCAGUGAAAUGAACACUGGCAUAAUCAAGACAGAUCAAAACUACGAGAAGAUGAUGUUCAAGGAAGCCCUGAAAACUGGCUUCUUUGAGUUUCAGGCAGCAAAAGACAAGUACCGCGAACUAGCUAUUGAAGGAAUGCACAGAGACUUGGUGCUCCAGUUCAUUGAAUCUCAGACACUCCUGUUAGCUCCAAUCUGCCCUCAUGUGUGUGAAUACAUUUGGCAACUGUUGGACAAGACGGACUCCAUCAUGAAAGCCUCCUGGCCAGUGCCUGGCCCUGUGGAUGAAAUAUUGAUCCACUCUUCCCAGUACCUCACAGAAGUUGCUCAUGACCUUCGUGUGCGUCUCAAAAACUAUCUGGCACCAGCAAAAGGAAAGAAGGGCAAUAAAGAAGCUCCCCAGAAGCCGUCACAUUGCACCAUUUAUGUGGCCAAGAACUACCCACCGUGGCAACACACCACGCUUUCCAUUCUGCAGAAGCACUACCAGGCCAAUGGAGGAGAACUACCAGACAACAAAAUAAUUGCCAGUGAACUCGGGUCCUUGCCAGGACUGAAGAAAUACAUGAAAAAGGUUAUGCCUUUUGUUGCCAUGAUCAAGGAGAAUCUAGAGAAGAAAGGCCCACGCGUUCUUGAUCUGGAGCUGGAGUUUGAUGAACGGGCUGUACUCAUGGAAAACAUCGUCUACCUGACAAAUUCCUUGGAGCUGGAGCAUAUAGAGUUGAAGUUUGCUUCCGAAGGAGAUGAGAAAAUCAAAGAAGACUGCUGUCCUGGAAAACCAUUUUGCACGUUCAGAGUGGAACCUGGUGUGCCUAUAUUUCUGGUCAAUCCACAGCCAGCAAAUGGCCACUUCUCUACAAAAAUUGAGGUCAGGCAAGGAGAUGGUCGAGAUGCAAUAAUCAGACGCUUGAUGAAGAUAGACAGAGGGAUCAAAGAUCUUUCCAAAGUGAAGCUGAUGAGGUUUGAUGACCCCCUCUUGGGACCUCGUCGUGUUCCUGUGCUUGGAAAAGAAGAUGCUGAGAAGACUCCCAUUUUAGACCAAGCUGUCUUUCACAUAGACCUAGCUGGCAAGCAGGUUCGCCUCACUGAGAAUGGGCGAACAACAGAUAUUGGGGAUACACUAGUCUAUGUUGUUAAUUAGGACUGGGACAGAGCUGCAUUGAUCACUGAUGAAUCUUCAGGUGACAUGGAAGAGUUUUUGGAAGAGUUUUGAAAGCAGUAGAGGACCGCAGCGAGUUUAAUGGCUGGGUGUAAAAAAAAAAUCCAUACAGAUUAAGCUCCUUCAAUAUUUAAGUAUGGGUAUAAUAAACAUUUUUUCCAUCCCUGUGGCAUUUAAAAAAUUAUCUUUGUAACUAAAACCAAGAAAGAAAUUUUUCAUACAUUUUAAAAUGUGUAUGUGCAUGCGUGCGGGUAUAUAGCGUCCACUGCAUACAGGAGGCAAUAUAGCACUUCCGUUUCUUUAUCUUUCUGGACUUUGGUUGAGGAUGCCAGGAAAUUCACUGCUGCAAGAUGGUGAAGCCAUACUAUCCCUUCCAGGGGUUACCUAAGUUUACUGAGGAGCCUCUUCAGCAGGGGUAUCUAUAGCUGUUGCUUGCCUUCAAAACUAAAGUGUAUUGGAAGUACAGUCAUGGUCCCUGCUGCGACCUGAUGAAGUAUCAUCCAUACUCAAAGCAAAGUGCGGUCAGAGGAAAGCAGCGGAGAGACCCAUGUUUCCCCUGAGUUGGUAGAACAGAAGCUUUUGGGAGUCAGAGUUCCAUUCUUCAGAUACAUAGAAGGGAGCUUUGAAUCUUGAAAGCAUAGAGCCUGGAAAUCUUUUUCAUCUCGUAAGGUGCUACUGGACUCGUUUCUAACUGUUCUACUGCAGACCUGCAUGGCUACCUUCUGAAAUUGAGUUGGUAGGGCAAUCUCUCCCUUUCCAGCACAAUAUGACUUAGAUAUGACUGUGUCAAAACCUGUCUUCCAGCUAUCUGCUACUAUUAGUACCAGCAGAAGAGCAGAGACUCUGGGCACUGUCUUUCUCCCUUUCCUGUUGCACUCAGCUCAAAAUGAAGCUCUAAGCCUGGAACUGGAUAAGUAAUGAUUCUAGGUUAUGAAUGAAAAGGGAAGGACAAUUGUGCUGCCAUUUUGGAAAAGUGAUGGUAAAGGAGCUGGAACUUGGCUGUCAUCAACAUAACCAUGUGGGGGGGUCUCUCAUUAACUCACAGUCACACACAUGCGCCAAAAGGUGUUUGUUGUAGCAAGCUAGAAUCCCUUCAAAAGAAAAAAAAGUGAUAUUAGCUGUCAUAGGCCAGAGUUUACUCCCUCAGCUAUAUUAUAUAAAUUCUAAAACCAGAUUUUGUAUUAUU